AUGUUUUACAACAACGCAAUUGGUAGAGUAUCCUGGCAGGCAGGUGAAGUAUGGGAUGAGGCUCUGGAAAGCAUAGCUCCAGCUCUGGAAGCUUUGAGCGUUGCGAUACAGGAGGUGCUACAAAGCACCGACAUGAGAUCUCCCUUUCUUGGAGGAGGCGUCUCCAAGAAGCUAAGGCGCGCGGUGCUGGACUCUGCAGCUUGGUCUCGUGACCUCCUGGUGGUGCUUGUUGGACAUUUUCAUGGUGCGGUCCGGGUUAAGAGUAAUAUGCUGACAUGCAGGGACUCACUUUCACUGUCUCCUUCCAACUUCACCUCAGAUGCAGCGUUCAAGGCGGCAGUAAAGGAAGCAGCCCUUCGAGAACAAAAUCGUGCAGCAAACACUUAUUCGUUUCUGAGGCAAAAAGAUCGUGCGCAAUCUGAACGUUUUCUGUCAUCUUUCUUUAAUAAGGCGUCCGAGUUCCAAAUUGCUUUGCUCGAUGAAUCAAGCGGCGAACCUUUAUCCCACGAGGCAAUGUUGGAUUUAUUGGUCGAAGAUAUGAUGUCGAGGGCAUCAAAUGAUUUCCCUGCUGACGCUCGCAGCCUCCAGGAAACCGAUUUGUUGGUCAGUGACGUGAGAAGCCGUGGAGGCUUUGACUUGCAUGAUGAUUCAUGGUCGGAACCUAUCCAGGAUUCUUUCUACACCCUUGAGGAGUUAGAUGAUGUGCUGCAGAAGUGCCACUCUUCCAAGAAGUGCUUGCACGGCUGCUUCUCUUUACUCAAAUCAUCUCAGAGCUCGCACAGGAAAGUUGUGUUGGGUCUUGCAAACCUUAGCCGUCACGUAGGUUUGACCUCUUCUUUGUGGUCACUUCGGCAAUUCGCUCACAUUCGCAAAUCAGGAGCCAGAAUUGUGCGUAAAGUGCAGUGCUUACGUCCCAUUUCCUUGGUCGCUGAUAUGGCACACGUCAUUGAUGGGCUAUGGCUGGCCCGCAACCGCUCGAAACUAGAGUCGUUUGCGGGGCCAAACCAAGUCGGAGGUGUUUCAGCAACCAACCUCUUACUAUUAGCCAUACUUUUGCUUGCGCAAGCGCGUGAUUACCAGGGCUUGCCUCUCUAUUUGGCCAUCUUGGACCUCCGGUGGGCCUUUGAUGUUGCACGUCUUAGUAGCAUGAAGCUGGCCUGUUUCCAGGCAGGUGUGCGGGGCACGGAUUGGCUGCUACUGGAUGAUGUCCUUGAUUCGGAUCGGCAAUACGUUCAACUUCACGGUUUUCUUUCUCAUGUUUUCAGGCUGGGUUGCGGCAUUGCUCAAGGAAGACGCUUUAGCGUUCACGUUUUCAACAGCCUCUUAAGCUGGCUCAGAGACGAAAUCCAACAAGUCACUGCAGCGAAUACAAGCGCCUGGCUUCCCAAGUAUGCUAUUCGGGCCUUGGCGCAUGUCGACUUGGAGGCCUCACAUGUGGACUUUUAUUCCAGACCUUCGCCUGUGGAUGCUUUAGAGCCAUGCGUAAGCAGAUUGCAGGAGCUGAUGGCAAAUGCGCAGUUCAACUAUGGUAAAAACAAAACCUGUGCCAUGGCUCUUCUCAACAGCCCUCCACUUGAUCACGAAGCUUUGGACUGCGACGUUGUAGACCAAAAGCACAUUCUUGGUGUCUUGUUUGACAGCCAACUUACGUUCUUGCCGCUUCUCUCGCAGUCGUUGGCAAGAGGAUGGUCCAUGUUUGUUGAUCUCUUCCACACGGCUGAAACAGGUGGUUUCUCAGUGCCUGUGUUGUCUUCCCAGGUUCAGAUCCGAUUGCACCCCGUAGUCUUACAUGCUGCACCUUUCCUUGUGGGAGUAGCAGGUAUCAAAGAGAACUCCGUCAACACCUUGUAUUCGCACAGUGUGGCUGGGAUCUGCGUUUGGGAAGCUGUUUGCUUCUUGAAGUCGCUUUGA